UCUAGAUCCCCUCAACUCUCAUCAUAUCGUAAGCAAGGCAUCGAUAUAGCAUUGUUUUAAAUCCCAAAAGCCCUGUCAUCAUGGCCACCACUGCUGCUUCUCUGAGCUCCUAUGGAGUUGAACCGGCUGUUCCCACUCCCCACUGCCAUCAACGCCGGCCCUCUCUUAGACACCUCAGUUCAUGCACUUAGCUCCAGUUCCGCCAUCUUCUCCUUUGAGCCUCAUGUCAAAGCACCCUUUGAUGCCAUUUGGCGUCUAUUUGAUCAUCCUCGAGCCAAUGCUGAGGAUGCCUCAUCUCUCAAUGCUGCGUAUCCCAAGCGGGGCAUCUUCAAGAUAGCUGCGAUGAACAAUGCUACUUCCGACCAGAAGUUCACCAUUGAUCUUUCGCCUGCCCGUAAUGGUCGUAUUCCGGAGGCCUUGCGCGAGAAACUGGCCGGUGAUGGAUUCAACGAGGUCCUGGACUUCUUUCAAGACGUCAACAGCACCUAUGUCGCCCAAAUCAGGUCAAUUAUGCAUGAGUUCAUCGGCGCUGAUCUCAGUCAAGUCCACAAGACUGGCAAUCUCAACUACCGUCUAUGCGACUACAACACGGAUACUGCCGACCCGACGAGUGAUGACGGAUGCGGCGCCCAUACAGACUAUGGAACCUUCACCAUCAUCUUCCAAGACGGAACGUCAGGGCUCGAAAUUGAACACGCCGAGCAGCCUGGCCUUUGGGUUCCUGUUCCCGGCGAUGCAACGGUUGUCCUUGCCGGUUGGUGCGCUGGGAUCCUUAGUGAAGGCAACAUCCGAGCAACCCGUCAUCGAGUUAGGAGAACGCCUGGUGUUCGAAGACUCAGCGCCGUUCUCUUUGUUGCCCCAGAUGUUGAGGCCACUCUUCGACCUCUCGAAGAUGUCAAAGUUGUUCGUCCGUUCACUAAGAAUGUCACGAAUGGGCAGUCAGAUGUUGGGGAGUUCAAAGAGGUCAUGAGCAAGAAGUGGAGACGUCGUGAGGGCAAUGAGAAGACAGUGAAAUUGAAAGAUUCAUCUGGGCUUGAUUGA